GGCGACAGUGGUGACCCUGAGCGCGAGAAUUCAGGGGGUGGGAAGGUGUGAGCCGCAAGCCAAGGGGAGGGCGGGAAAGAGGAGGAGGCCCGGGGGUGGUCAGGGGGACUGGGGUCCCGACGGCAAAGGUCCCGCGGCCUCCUGACUUGACUGGCGGCUGUCUGGCUGACGGCCUCGGGCCCCGACGUUUGGAGCUGCCGGCCCGACUGCGCGGAGAGCGGAGCCAUGGCCUCCGGUGGGUAUAACCCAUAUAUAAAGAUAAUUGAACAACCCAGGCAGAGGGGAAUGCGUUUUAGGUACAAAUGUGAAGGGCGAUCAGCUGGCAGCAUUCCAGGAGAGCACAGCACUGAGAACAAUCGAACAUUCCCAUCUAUCCAGAUUAUGAACUACUGUGGAAAAGGAAAAGUAAGAAUUACAUUAGUUACAAAAAAUGACCCCUAUAAACCUCAUCCUCAUGAUUUAGUUGGAAAAGACUGCAGAGAUGGCUACUAUGAAGCAGAAUUUGGUCAAGAACGCAGGCCUUUAUUUUUUCAAAAUUUGGGUAUCCGAUGUGUUAAGAAAAAAGAAGUAAAGGAAGCCAUUAUUUCAAGAAUAAGUUCAGGAAUCAAUCCUUUCAAUGUCCCUGAGCAACAGCUGCUUGAUAUUGAAGAUUGUGAUCUCAAUGUGGUGAGACUGUGUUUUCAAGUUUUCCUCCCUGAUGAACUUGGUAAUUUGACAACUGCUCUUCCUCCUGUUGUCUCUAACCCAAUUUAUGACAACCGUGCCCCAAAUACUGCAGAAUUAAGGAUUUGUCGUGUAAACAAGAACUGUGGAAGUGUCAGGGGAGGAGAUGAAAUAUUUCUACUUUGUGACAAAGUUCAGAAAGAUGACAUAGAAGUUCGUUUUGUGUUGAAUGAUUGGGAAGCAAAGGGUAACUUUUCACAAGCUGAUGUACACCGUCAAGUAGCCAUUGUUUUUAAGACUCCUCCAUAUUGUAAAGCUAUAACAGAACCAGUAACAGUAAAAAUGCAGCUGCGGAGACCCUCUGACCAGGAAGUUAGUGAAUCUAUGGAUUUUAGGUAUCUGCCAGAUGAAAAAGACACUUAUGGCAAUAAAUCAAAGAAACAAAAAACAACUCUACUGUUCCAGAAACUGUGGCAGGAUUGUGCAGUCAAUUUUCCUGAGAGACCAAGAUCUGGUCCGGUAGGGUCAAUCGAAGAAGGAAGAUUCAUCAAAAAAGAAUCAAACUUGUUUUCUCAUGGUACAGUUUUGUCAGAAAUGUCCAGAUCUUCAGGAGUUUCUAGUCAAGGAGAAUCCUACUAUUCCUCAUCUGUAUCCAUCUCCAGUGGAUUGUCACAUCAUGCUUCAGCCAUACCUUCAAUGGUGCCUCAGCCUCCUUCAAGUUGGUCAUCAAUGGCCCAUCCUACCUCACGUUCAGUCAAUACAAAUCCACUGAGUAGUUUUUCAACAGGGACACUUUCUGCUAAUUCUCAAGGUGUAUCAUCAUUCCUGGACAUGUCUGUUGGUGAUUUAAAUGCUUCUAAUGCUUGCAUUUAUAACAGUACUGAUGACAUAGGCAGAAUGGAAACAUCAUCCAUAUCACCAGCUGACUUAUAUGGUAUUUCUGAUGCCAACAUGCUGCCAAAUUGCCCUGUGAAUAUGAUGACAACCAGCAGUGAUAGCAUGGGGGAGACUGAUAAUCCAAGACUUGUGAGCAUGAAUCUUGAAAACCCCUCAUGUAAUUCAGUGUUAGAUCCAAGAGACUUGAGACAGCUCCAUCAGAUAUCUUCUUCCAGUAUGUCAGCAGGCACCAGUUCUAGUACUGUUUUUGUUUCACAAUCAAAUGCAUUUGAGCGAUCCGACUUCAGUUGUGCAGAUAACAACCUGAUAAAUGAAUCAGGACCAUCAAAUGGUACUAAUCCGAACAAUCAUAAUUUUGUUCAAAGUAGUCAGUAUUCAAGCAUUGGCACAAUGCAAAAUGAACAAUUGAGUGACUCCUUUGCAUAUGAUUUUUUUUAAGUUUAUAUUUCUUUUAUGACAUUAUUAAUGUAUUCUUAAAAGAAUUAACUAAUAUUUGCUUUCAAGCAAAUAUAAGGUAAAACCUGUAAUGACUAUGUCAUUGGAAAAAUAUAUUCUUGAUUAUUUUUGAUGCCCAUGGGCCAAAGUGACCCCUAUGGGGUUUUCUGAAACUUCUUGAAGUUUCUUAAAUUUAUAUGUACAGCAAAACUUCUUUAAAAUGUUAAAUUGGAGAAGCCAGUUGAAGUAAGCUUUCAAGGUAUGGGAGGUUUUCUACCUUUUAUAAGAUUUACAUCCAUAUCUUUAAAGUGACUUUCAAUUUUAGUUCUACACCCAUACUUUCAAGAGGAAGAAGUUUCCUUGGACCUUGCUUUUUUCCUUAGGUAUCUUUAUUCCAUGUGAUCUCAAUAACUGCCUGUUUAACAGCUUUAUCUAUAAAUUAAUUAAAACUCAAACUCAACAUAUCCAAACCUGAGUUCUUGAUUUUCCCUCCCAGACUUGCUUCUCCUUCAGUCUUCCCCAACUCAGUAAAUGGCAAUGCCAUGCUUCUGGUUGCUCAGGCCAAAACCUUGGAAUCAUCCUUAUCUUCUACUGUUAGCACCCUAUUUCUAGCUGUCCUCAUUGCUUGCCUGGAUUAAAGCUGUAGCCUCCCAAACUUUCCUUACAUCCUUGUUCCCCAGUAGCCUGUUGUCCAUAAAGUAGUCAGAGUAAUUAUUUUUAAAACAAGUCAAAUCAUAUUUGUCUGCUCAAAACCAUCCAGUGGUUCCCCAUCUCAAGAGAAGGGGUCCUAGUGCUUAAAAUUAGCAGACCUGUGCACCCUUUCCUAACCCAUGUAUUACCAUUUCCCCCUCUUCAUGCAGCUCCAGGCACUCUGACCUUAAUUCUCCUCCUCAGAGUACCAGGUACAUUCCUGCCUGAUAUACUUUGUACUUGGUAUUACUCUGCCUUAAAUGUUCUCUCACUGUCACUGUCUAACUACUGAGCAUUUGUUUACUAUUUGUUUUCUUUACUAGUACGUAAGCUCCAGGAGGAGAGAAAUUUUUGUAUUUUGUUUACUGUUGAAUCUCCAGUUUGUAGAACAGUCUGCCUCACAUUAAGCACUCAGUAAUAUUUAUUGAACAUUUAGUGUAUUCUUAGAACUUUUGUUUUUUGAAAUAGCUUUUAAUUUUACUAGAUUUUUAUAGUUUUUACAUAUUGUUUGAUGUUACAUUGGGUUUUUAUUAGAAUCACUGAAGUCCAGUGUUAAUAAUGAUAUUCCAAAUUGCUUAAAAGCAAAAUAAUCCCAAUGGCAAAAUGGUGACAGAAUUUGGCCAUUAAUCUCAAUUGUGAUGGAAUUACCAUGAUGCUAAGUAAUUAAUGUAUUAAAGAUCUAGUUUAUCUUAUAGCUAGGACCUACCCUAAAUAUUGAACAUAUUCCCAUCUGGAAAGUGUGUAUCAUUUCACUUGUACAAAGUACAACCAAACCUUAAAUUUAACAUAAAUUAAUUCCAUCAAAAUGGGGUAUGUGUGAAUGACAUAUAAAUAAAAUUCUCAGUUGACUAUUACUGGAAAAUUGCCAGAAGAGCAAGGUGAGAUUAGGGUCAGAAUAGUCCAGAAAGCAAAAUAAAAAGAUUAUAAACCCAUAAAUACAAUUAAUAUUUCUCAAGUUUUGAUUUUAAAAGAAAAUAUUUGUCAUAUGAUAUAAAUUCAAAAAUCAUAAGCACAUAAUAGUAGAAAGUAAAAUUUCUUUUCUGUUCAGAAUACGAACCCAGGGUAUCUCCAGAUGGUGAUUGUUAAGUGGUGAUUUUUUAAAAAAAAAAAUACAGUAUCUUAAUGUACAGUAUUUUAGUGUAUUAAUUAGCACUGAUCAUUUUAAAUACUUGACUGUUAGCUCAGUGAGUUUUAACCAAAAAAGCAUUGAGUUGUUUUGCAGCUUUUUCCAUUAAAAACUGAAUUAGGGUACUUACUGCCUGCCACAUCUAUGUUUAGAGUAUUCCAAUUUUUCAUUUUUCAAGUGCUUUUUACUGAUCAUAGAAUUUGUAAUUUAAAAUGCAUUUGGCUAUAAGUUUCUUCUACUAAAUGUGUUUGUACUUUGACCUUAGUUUUGUGGAGAAGGUACUCUUCUUAUCUAAUCUCCAUUUGUUACACUGGAUCCUUCUUCCUCUCUACUUCCCAUCCCAUUUCCUGUAUCCUCACAUCACCAUUUAGUUCUUUUCUUUGUAUAAACAUGGCAGGUGUCUUCUCCAGCCUAAAAAUAAAAACCCCAAAAAACAAAAUAGCAAAAACCUUUCCUACCACCCCGAUAUUCCUUCCCUCUUGAUUUCAAAACUGUUUGCCUUUCCAUUUCCUCACUUCAGUCUUUCCUUGUGUAUCAAUCUGUCUUUAGCUCCUACUAUUUUCUGUGAUAUUCUGGGAAAUGUGACCAGAGACUAACCCCCUUGUCAAAUCUAAUGUCUUUUUAGCAGUCAUUACUCUGCAUAUCCUUUUUUACAACUUACCUAUUGACCAUUCCUGCUAUGGAUACUCCUUUGGCAUUUCUGUGGUAGACAGGAUUUCUCUCUGAGGUCUGUUUUUUCCUUAGAGCCCCAUCCCUAGUCUUAGAUGGUGCUGGUUUUUCCUCUGUGUAGUCUUAGUGCCCACAGCUUCAGCUUUCGAUAACUGCCUGAAUGCCCUUAUAAACUGGUGUCUCCUCUUGCAUUCUCUGCUUUUCUUAAUGGCAUUACCAUUUACCCAAUCACAAAAGCACAUAUUUCUUUUCUCUCUUACACUCAUAUUUAAUCGAGUUCCUUUGAAUAUGCUAUUGAUGCAAUUGUUUUCAAUUGUUAAAAUGCUUUUGAUUGUACAGAAUGUUUACCUUUGUAAUAACUUUGUAUACACUGAUUUUUUUUUCUUCAUAAUAAAAUGGAAAAAAUUCUAAAACCCUU